AUGUUCGAUGCCUAUUCGAUCGGAGAGGUUGGAAGAAGCCUAAAGGUUGAGCUAUGCUCGAUCCGCAGCCAAAAGACAUCGCAAGAUGUUCUGGCCAGUUGCAAGGAAGGACAUUUGCUGAUAUUUGGCAGGACCGCUUCACGGUUCCGGUUCGACUUCAAGCAUAUGCGCCGGAAUUUCGAGCGGAAACCGGUUGUUGAAAUGGCAAUCGUCGAAACAAUGCAGCUUCUAUUUUGUAUGAGUGAUCAACAGUUAUCCGUGCACCAAUUCGACACAGACACGAUGUACCCGCUGAUCGCGCAAUUAAAGCUGAAGCCCAUCCAUACGUUUGCAGUUCAUCAAAAUACGGACGAUGCUAGCGUGAAAGUAGCUGUUGCUGUCAAACGACGAAUACAUGUCUUCAAGGAUUGUAAAUGCACCACUCGGGCGGUGAUGAGCUUUCUCGACACGCCAAUUAUUACGUAUUUAGAAGAUCGAGCGAUGAUUGGUUUUGCAGCUGGUAAAAACUUUGUAACGGUCCCGGUCGAUGCGGAAGCGAAAACCCGAAAGGAUGUGCGCUUUUCGGAGGCGUUGCUCAACCUAGUGUGGGACCCGCCAUUUGUCGUGGGUUUACUGCCGAAAGGGCUGGUCGAAAUUCGGACCUACGACUCGCCACAGCUCAUCCAAUCAUUUACCCUCAAGCAGGCACACUUGUUGACAAAUGCCGUGCCUGGUUGUGUCGUCGUUGGUAGCCUCUGUGAUAUUUGGAUGCUGGAUUGCCAUGAAAAUCUACGUAACAAUGUCAGCAGCCUGAUCAAAGAUGCGCGGUACCCAUUGGCGAUACAAUUGGCUGACCAAUUCGCCAUCUUUACCGACGACCAGAAAAAGGAGAUCAAGCGCCAAUAUGCUACUUAUUUGUUCUCGACGGCCGAAUACGAUGAGUGCUAUGCAGUGUUUUCUGAUAUUGGGAGCGACAUUGGUCCCGCGAUCCAGCUGAUCCCCGAGUUGCUUCCGCCGAAAGUUCAACAACUCUCCCCAUCCCCACAAAAGGAACUUCCCGAAAAUGAGAAGAAACGGGCGAUCCAAGCACUUUCCGUUUAUCUGGCAAAGGUACGCACGGAUUUGGCGCGCAGCUUGGAGCAACAUCAACAAGCGAAACAUAUGAACGUUCCAGAGGGAAGACUUUCAAAAGAAGAGCACGAAGCUGCCAAAGCCAACUUGCAAAUUGUCGAUACCACGCUCUUGAAAUGCUAUAUCCGAACAAAGCCGAUGAUGGUCGAUUCACUGUUGCGACUCCGAGACAACGCUUGCUGGUUUCCGGAUGCGGAGGAUAUCAUUAAGAAAUCCGGACGUAAUUCUUCGCUUUUUGUGUUGUACGAAACGAGAAGGAAACAUGAAAUGGCGCUCGAACUGCUCAAAGGCGAAUCGUUGAGGCCGGAUUGCGAUGCGUAUUUUGCGGGGCCUUACAAGACGGUCGAGUACCUUCAAACGCUCGGCAACAACGAGAUUGAUCUGAUCUUCAAGUACUCGAAAUGGGUGCUUGAUGCCGAUGUGGAGGAGGGACUGGCGAUAUUUACAUCGCCUGAUUCUGACCUGGCCAGCAACCUCGAUCGAGAGAAGGUCGUGGAUUUUCUGCAAAAAGAUUGCGUGGCCGCGCUGAUCCCGUAUUUAGAGCACAUAAUCUCUGCGUGGGGCGAGCAGCGUCCAAAAUUUCACGAAUGCCUCGCCGAGCACUACGUGGCUAAAGUUAAAUCACUACAUAAGGAUUACGUGCACGCGUUUCCUGAUGACGAAACGAUAAUACGGGCGGGUACUGAGGACGGGGAACUCGGCGAGUAUAGGCGAAAGCUGCUGAAAUUCUUGGAGAACAGUCGCUCUUAUUCACCACAAACGGUGUUGGUCCAGCUUAGCAAUCAAGCAUUCUACGAGGAACGCGCACUAAUGCUAGGGCGCCUCGGACAACACGAGCAAGCCCUUACGAUCUACACCUCAAUUUUGCACGACUACGAGGCGGCUGAGAAGUACUGUGCACUGCACUAUAACCAGAAAACCGGACCUCAGAUCUAUCUCCAACUCUUCGAGGCUUUUGUAUCGCCAAAGGAUCCGCAGAUUGCCGGGUUGAGCGAGCGCCAAAUCCCUAUCCCGGAACCAAAUGUGAAGCAGGCGAUUCGGAUCCUGAGCCGUCAUGCCGAUAAAAUUGAUACAGUGGCUGCUCUCCGAAUAAUUCCGGAUUCAACGCCGCUUCAACUUCUCUCCAUGGCCAUUAGUGCGGUGAUACAAGCAACACAUGACGAGGCGACGAAAAGCUCCAUCAGACGUCGUAUGUGCGAAUGCGCGCGGGCCGUCACCGAGGAGAAGCUGCGCAAGGUGGCAGGGCUGAAGGUUGACGUCAACAAUAUGACAGAAUGCGCGCUGUGCAAUAAGAAGAUUGGGAACAGCGCCCUGGUUCGCGACCCGCAAAGCCAGAACCUCAUGCACGUCUUCUGUUACGAGAAUUCUAUCGAAGCGGCAACAAUGCAA